UCCCCGCCCCCUGCUCUCCUAGGUGGCGCCGGCUUGCGGCCGGUGUGGCGGCGGCUGUGUUGGUUCUAGAAGCCGGAGUGGGCACAUUCCCUAGACAGGCGGCAGGGCUAUGGUCGCCGGCUCCCUAAAACCUGAUCCGCAUCUCAGCCUGAUCUUAAGAGCGCGCCGGAGUAGUCUCCUCCUCAGCCCAGUUCCCCGGCGCGUUCGGCUGCUCCCCGGGCGCGCCCCCUCCGAUGGCGGCGGAGAUCCAGCCCCAGCCGCUGACCCGCAAGCCGAUCCUGCUGCAGCGGGUCGAGGGGUCGCAGGAGGUGGUGAACAUGGCGGUGAUUGUGCCCAAGGAGGAGGGUGUCAUCAGCGUCUCGGAGGACAGGACAGUUCGUGUUUGGUUAAAGAGGGACAGUGGACAGUACUGGCCGAGCAUAUACCAUGCAAUGCCUUCUCCAUGUUCAUGCAUGUCUUUUAACCCGGAAACAAGAAGACUGUCCAUAGGUCUAGACAAUGGUACAAUCUCAGAGUUUAUUUUGUCUGAAGACUACAACAAGAUGACACCUGUGAAAAGCUAUCAAGCACAUCAGAGCAGAGUGACGAUGGUCCUGUUUGUUCUGGAGCUGGAGUGGGUGCUGAGCACAGGGCAGGACAAGCAGUUCGCCUGGCACUGCUCCGAGAGUGGGCAGCGCCUGGGAGGUUACCGCACCAGUGCCGUGGCCUCGGGCCUGCAAUUUGAUGUUGAAACCCGUCACGUGUUUAUUGGUGAUCACUCGGGCCAAGUAACCAUCCUCAAACUGGAACAGGAAAACUGCACGCUGCUCACGUCCUUCAGAGGGCACACAGGUGGGGUAACAGCGCUCUGCUGGGACCCGGUCCAGCGCAUGCUGUUCUCUGGCAGUUCCGAUCACUCUGUCAUCAUGUGGGACAUCGGUGGGAGAAAAGGGACGGCCAUCGAGCUCCAAGGACACAAUGACAAAGUCCAAGCCCUGUCCUAUGCACAGCACACACGGCAGCUCAUCUCCUGUGGCGGUGAUGGGGGCAUUGUCGUCUGGAACAUGGAUGUGGAAAGGCAGGAGACCCCUGAGUGGUUGGACAGUGAUUCCUGCCAAAAGUGUGACCAGCCUUUCUUCUGGAACUUCAAGCAAAUGUGGGACAGUAAGAAAAUUGGGCUAAGACAGCACCACUGCCGGAAGUGUGGGAAGGCCGUGUGCGGCAAGUGCAGCUCCAAGCGUUCGUCCAUCCCACUCAUGGGCUUUGAAUUUGAAGUGCGGGUCUGCGACAGCUGCCACGAAGCCAUCACAGAUGAAGAACGUGCACCCACAGCCACCUUCCACGACAGUAAGCACAACAUUGUGCACGUGCAUUUCGAUGCCACCAGGGGAUGGUUACUGACUGCGGGAACUGACAAAGUGAUUAAGUUGUGGGAUAUGACCCCAGUAGUGUCAUGAUGCCUCUCCCAGGGCUAGAAGAUAGUUUUCACUAAAGAAACACUUGUUUGAGUCCGAAGUCCUUACAGGGGAAGUGGAGUAUGGAGAUGAGAGGGAAGAGAAACUGAAGACUCAAAGCGACUGUGCGUCCUCCCUGCACUGUUGCUGAGAACUAAUGAAGGCGCGCUCCCGGGACUCCUUGGUUGUCCAUAACAUAUAAAAGAAGAUAUUUUUUUAUCAAACGGUUUAUACAGCCUGGCUCUGCUGCAUUGUUUUGAGCAUAUUGGAAAAUCUGUGUGGGAUGUUUAAGCUUCUGUAUUUCAGCCUUUCGUACUGCUCUCUGCUUUCUGCGUCAGGAAAACAAAA